AUGGCGCACAGCAUGCUUCCCUCGUUUCCUUUCUACGACGCGCGUGCCACUGACGCCAACAACGUCGGCACCGAAUGGUUGAAACUCAACUUCGGAAUCAACUCAGCAGCCAAAGUGUUCCAGGACACCAUCCGUCAGGUUCUAACCAACAUCCCCAACGUGCUCAACCUAAGCGAUGACAUAUUGGUGUAUGGAAAGACUGAGAAAGAGCAUGAUGAAGCUUUGAAGGCGAUACUGGAAUGUCUACUUGCAAGUGGCCUCACACUGAACGUCAAGAAAUGCAAAUUCUACCAACAGGAACUUACCGUUUUCGGGCAUGUGUUCCCAAGCAAAGAACUGUCAGUCUCCAAAAAAGGCCUUGUGUUAAGAGGCACGCGGAUAGUAUUGCCAGCACAACUUCGCACAAAGGCGGUGCACCUUGCACAUCGAGGCCAUCAAGGCAUUGUCAAGACAAAACAGCUGUUGCGAGAGAAGGUGUGGUUCCCAGGGAUAGACUCUCUAGUGGACCAGACCGUCAAGAGCUGCCUGGCAUGCCAAGCUAACACACCGGUACACCAUCGAGACCCUUUGCCAAUUCAAGAGCUUCCUCGAGGCCCGUGGACAGAACUGUCGUUAGAUUUUGCUGGCCCUUUCCCUGAUGGCAAGUAUGCCAUGGCAGUUGUGGAUGAUUUCUCCAAGUACCCAGUCGUUAGCAUCUUACACACUCUUGCAGCACCUACAGGCAUCAAGCAACUGCGCACUAUAUUCGCUCAGUUCGGCUGCCCAGAAAUUGUAAAGUCAGAAAAUGGCCCACCCUUUCAGAGUGAGGGUUUUGCAGAGUUCACUAGCGAGCUUGGAUUCAAGCAUCACCGCAUCACUCCACGGUGGCCAGAGGCUAACGGGGAAGCUGAACGAUUCAUGCGCACUCUCAAGAAGUCAUACUCGCAUGUCGUGUCAGCCACUUGGCUCUGA